GCCGCGGGGCAGGGCGGCAUCUGCGCGGCAUCAGCCCGGGCAUCAGCCCGGGCAUCUCCGCGGCAUCUCCCCGGCAUCUCCCCGUCACUUUCCUCCUCGGAGCGGCGCCCCCGGGCUGGAUGGCUGCAGCUCCUCCAAGUUACUGUUUUGUAGCCUUCCCCCCAUGUUCUAAAGAUGGGCUGGUGGUAUUUGGAAAGAAUUCUGCACGGCCUAGGGAUGAAGUACAGGAGGUGGUCUACUUUGCUGCCGCAGAUCAUGAGCCAGGAAGCAAAGUUGAGUGCACAUAUAUUGAGAUUGAGCAGGUGCCGAAGACUCACGCUGUUGUGCUGAGCAGGCCCUCCUGGCUUUGGGGGGCAGAAAUGGGAGCUAACGAGCACGGAGUCUGUGUAGCUAAUGAAGCCGUUGUGACCAGAGAACCAGCUUCUGAAUCUGAAGCCUUGCUUGGCAUGGAUCUUGUAAGACUUGGCCUAGAAAGAGGUGCAACAGCUAAAGAAGCAUUGGAUGUAAUAGUUGCUCUGUUGGAAGAGCAUGGACAAGGUGGAAAUUAUUAUGAAGAUGGGAGUUCAUGCCAUACUUUCCAAAGUGCAUUUUUGAUUGUGGACAGAAAUGAAGCCUGGAUACUGGAGACUUCUGGGAAGUACUGGGCAGCAGAAAAAAUCACAGAGGGGGUGAAAUGCAUUUGCAAUCAGCUUUCAUUAACUACAAAAAUUGAUGCUGAGCAUCCUGAACUAAGGAAUUAUGUGAAAAGUCAAGGCUGGUGGAAUGGAGACUCAGACUUCAAUUUUUCUGAAGUGUUCUCUCUUGCUGAUGACCAUAUAGCCUGUUGUUCUGGCAGGGAGAGCCUAGAAAAGCAAGGUGGUGACGUUUCUGCACAAGCUAUGAUUGAUGUCCUGCGUGACAAGGACAGUGGUGUCUGUGUGGACUCUGAAUCUUUCCUUACUACAGCUAGCAUAGUGUCUGUUCUGCCUCAGGACCCUAGUUUUCCCUGUAUUCAUUACUUCACUGGCACGCCAGACCCUUCAAGGUCCAUAUUUAAACCCUUUAUUUUUGUUGAUGAUGUAAAAUUAGUACCAAAAGUACAGUCUCCUUCUUUUGGCAAUGAUGAUCCUGCUAAAAAGAUACCUCGAUUCCAGGAGAAACCUGAUCGUAGGCAUGAAUUGUACAAGGCACAUGAAUGGGCCCGGUCUCUCCUGGAGAAUGAUCAGGAUAAAGGUCAGAAACUGAUGAGGAUUAUGUUAGACCUUGAAAAACAAGGUUUAGAAGCAAUGGAAGAUAUCCUUUCUCGUACAGAGAUUCUGGAUCCUGCUGAAGUAGUGGAUCUUUUCUAUGACUGUGUUGACACAGAACUAAAGUUCUUCAAAUAAACUAUGGUGGCUAUUGUUAGCCUUUUCACUGGAAGACUGCAAUGUUCUUCAAGCCUUGAAAGAAAGUCUUCACACUUGUGAAUUUGCAGGAAAAAACAUUUCUAGAGGAAAAAAUGUUACUUGCUAGCUGUAUCCGGUUAACAAAUUGCUUUCCUUUGUCCAAUCUUGUGGUGUUUCUGUUUGUGUAUGUAUAUAGUGAAAGGAGAAAGUCACUGACUGGUCCAAUUACUGUGUGCAUGCUGGCUAAUUUAGUACAGAAUGUUUAAACGUGUAUGUUGGGCAACCAAUUAAAGCAAAGAUUAACUUCAUCAGGCUAACUUCCAUAUUGUUUUUGAAAGCAAUCUGGUUUUCCCUCCUUUGCUCAGGACUUGCAGCAAAGCUGACUUGCAUUUUUCUCUUCUUGCUAAUUCAUACAGAGAAUGAUGGAGUUCAAAUCCUGGUUUUGCAGGCAGGCAGGAGGGUAAGUCCUGGUUCUUGACCUUGUGCUGGCCUAAAAUGGGCAUAUCUGAUUACAGCAAUUCAGCACCUGACAUAAUGCCUGCACAAAUUAUCAGAACCAAGUCCCCCAGGUUAAGUUUUGCCUUCACUUAGCUUAGGGCACCGGGCUGCUGUGCUAGUACCAAGUACUGAAAUGCAGAGCCAGCCUGGAUGCCAAGAUGUCUACACAUCAUCUAUUGGCUCCUAAGAUGCAAUUAAUAAGGUGUUGAAUUUAUAUGCAAGCUACAAAUUUGGAAUUUUUUGAAGGAAUGCUGGAUGGACAUUGAUCAACACCUGGCUGUUCUCCAUCUUUCUGCCUUUGUACUGCUGAACAGUUCCUAGUAAUCUCUGUAGUGAGAUACAUGGCUGAUGAAUCCACUCAGUACCAGUGAGUUACUGGUGGGUGUGGCAAUCCAACUGGUUAGGCUUAGAAAUGGCUGUCUUAUGCUUCCUUACAUUAAGUGCAGUUCUGCAGCAUGCUUCCCUUCCCCGACAGUCCUACAGGCAGACCUGCUUUUCAUGUAUUUUCUUCUUGUGGAAGUGAAAUGGGGCAAACACUUUGAGAAUUAAACCAGUAAACACUGCUUCCUGUGUCUGAUGAAGAUGUUUGGGUUUUUGUUUAAACAGGAAGUUCAGACAAGUCCAUGUCUUUAAUAAGUGGAAGUUAGCACGUGGAGUUAAAAUCCUUCACUGUUCAGGAAAGUGGAUGCUGAAGAACCAUGGACUUCUGUAUUGAGGAAGCAAAAGCUCCUUAGAAGGCAGCAACACCUCAACUUGAAACUGUAAGAGUUGUGCAUCAGGGAAAUAGUCAUUGCCAUAUUGGUGCACUGCAUUCUCAGGAUUUUCUAAAUGAAAUUGUUCUAUUCAGACUCAUUACUUUGAUAUUGCGUUAUAUGACAACUGGCAAUUGGACAAGAAAACAUUGGGCCUUUUUGCUUACAGAAAACAAGCAUGAAGAUAUUUUUUCUUAAGUCCUACCUAUUAAUCUCCCAUUCACAAUACACUCCUCCCAUGCUCUCUAUUACAGGACCAACUCCUGUGCCUAGUUAUUCUGAAAGUGGAGACAAGGGAAGGAGAAAAUUCACAAGUAAACCCUGAAACUUAGCUGCUCUCUACCGUAGCCAGGAUAGGGACUGACUACAAAGCACACUUCAUUUCAGAGGGUAUUGUGCUGGAUGAAACCCUCUGAAAGAGAAGUGUGCUUUUGCCAGCUACCCGUAAGUAAAGUAAAUGGAUUUCCCAUGGAAUCACUUCUGGAAUGAGAGGGUACUUUGAAUAAAAAUACUCCUAAUCAGAGUACACUUAACAAACACCACGGUGAAUUUUAAAGCUGCUUCUGCUUCUGUGAGUUGUUGCAUCCAGCUGUUGGUGGAUGUUGUAAACAAGGGGAGAACAGGGAUAAAAUCACUGCCCCAGUCAGAGGGUCACUUCACCCAGCUAUUUUGUACAACUUCUGACAUUUGAGAGUUGGGAGGGAGGCAAGAUGAAAGGUGUUCCUUAUAAAAACAUAAUAUAUCUUAUUUGCCUGUUUUUUUAAGACAGAAGAAACUGACAUUUGCACUUACGUUGUUGUGGGAGUUUAUGUCUUUGGAAGUGCUUAUAUGACAGAACUAAUAAAUUGUUUUGAGCACAGA